AAUUGGUUCACUUAUCUAUUUUCAUCUUUCUGAAAACAGGAAAAUUCUCUCUGAGGCAACACAUCAGUUGUAAACAUUGCCAUAAAAUACCUUUCUGGUGGUGAAAUCUUAUCAGAAGUUAAGGAGUCAUUAAAUUUAACCAUUAAUAAAAAUGCUGUUAUAUACAUUCGCAUGGAAGAAAGCAAGAACCCAGUCAUUAAACUUUGUCACUCGGGUAGCCAGACUGACUGCAAUUCAAGAGGCGUUAAAAAGACAACUUGAACGGCUAAAGCUUGAAAAUCCUGAAAGGCGAGUGAUCUUGAUACAAUUCGGCACGGAGGUGACCAUCAUAGGGGAUGGAAGCCAGGAACCGUUCCAAGUCGACAAGGAUAUCAGACACUCAUUUGACAAUCUUAUAAGUAGUGGCCAACAAUAUGCCCAGGAUAUGGACAUCCGUACCCUGGGAGAAAGUUAUAAUGUCAUUACAGAGAAAAUUAAUAACAUGCGGCCAAAGGAUAGAACAGCCCUCGGACCAGCGCUAGCAACAGCUCUCGGAAUGAUUACCGGAUGUCAGGGUUCAGAGGUUAUUCUGUGUACUGAUGGUGCCCCAAAUAGUGGUGUCGGUAAAAUGAACAGCCCUGACUCCAGUUGUAAAGAUUAUUACACUAUGGUCGGUAACUACGCUAAACAAAAUGGAAUAGUAGUUUCUAUCCUGGCUGUUGACGGGGAACCUGUCGGACUUGAGAAUGUGUCUCCCUGCGCCAAUAUUUCUGGCGGGAAUGUUGAUGUCCUCGACCCUCUUGAGAUUAUGAGACAGUUACGUCUGAUUUCCCAAAACUUCAUCGUGGCAACAUCUGUAUGUAUGGAAUUCCAUCUUCACCCUGAAAUUGAGGUCGAUGACGAUGAUUUCCCAAAGGGCAGCAGUCGUAUCGUAAAGGAAGUUGGUAAUGCCACCAGAGACACAGAUGUUACAUUCUUUUUCAGACGAAAAAAUACGGAUAAAGAUUUGCAAGUGGAUUGUCUCCCUUUCCAGGUUCGUGUAAAUUUUACAAUGAAAGAUGGACGUAAAAUGUUGAGAGUCAUCAGUAAAUCUAUGAACGUCACAAAAGAUCGAGCUAAGAUGGAAGAGGAAAUGAAUGUUGACGUGGUGGGGCUGGCUACGGCACAGAAAACAGCUGAUUUAGCUUCCAAAGGAAAAGUGGCACAGGCAAGAGAUAGAUUGACCUCCGUGAACAGAAUGUUGAACAAAGCAUGCAACUCUGACGAGCAGAAAGAAGCCAGAUACAACUUCAGGACAGAAUGUGCUGAACUCCACCAGGACCUCAACGACCGACUGAGUGGUUCAUACAAAAAAACUAGGAAAAGGUCGGACAUGUCGUCAAGGAUGUACAGUCAUAUGAUGCAGCAAUCACAGUCCAGGUAUGCUGGGGCGUCCAGCUCCCAAAAACAGGAUAUUGCCUCGAAAAGGCGGACGACCGAUGAGAAUGUUCGUCAACAAUAUUACGAAUACCAUUCUUAAGUAGUGUAAUUCUGAAAUUAUAAACAGGUCUUCACAACACAGACAAAUACAGUUCAAGAUCUGUGAUUAGUACUAGAUCAUAUAAAUAAGAAUGACUGAACUGG